ACUUGCUUCAAACAGAUACUGCAGGGCUUUGUCGACGGAGAUACAGGUAGGGACAAUGCGCCAGGGAUGGCAGGCCCGGGCAACCGGGCCACGCGAGUCCGGUUGCUUCGUCCGCACAAGCUCCACUGUGUGUGCUUUGACUUGCCUCUUGCCUUGCCAUGGCAUAAAAGCCGCAUCGACACACUUUCACCAAGUCUGUCAACCUCUGGUCAACUCUGUUACCCCCCUCCCGCACCACUCCGAAGAUCCCUUUGGGCUCCCCAUAAAACAUCCUCCGUGGUCACUGUCGCCAUCGAAUCUCUUGCUAGGACUUGGAUGGAGCCUGACACCACCACAGCACGAAAUGGCCCCGCGACUGGUCCUCUUCUGACUCAUGCCACUCCAUUCAUUCAACUUGAAAUCGAUCGGACCAUCCGCUCUGAAUCGCGUCUUUCCCUCGCCGAAACAAAUCUAGAUUCUGAUACCGACUCGCGUGUCGGGGACUGGGGCUAUUCUGAUAGCGAUGAGAUUGAGCGCGUGGGCGAUUUGGAAGAAUGGCAGUCGCUCGCAACCGAGAAUGGGAGAGCAAACAACGGAGCUCAGACGGCGCUCCCGCUUUUCUUCCCCGAUCCUGACGCUGCCAAUUCGGACUCGGGAAUUGACGACACAAGUGCCUCUGACUCAGAUGGCGCCGAUGCAGACGAGUCCUCCAUCGGCGAUAACGACAGCGAUGCUCCGCCUACAUCUGACUCGGAGGACGAAGAAGAGCCUGGCUCUGUCACCUACCACUCCGACUUCGACGAGGCCCCAGAGCUGGACGCAGAGUUGGUCUUUUGGCUUCACGAAAACAGCAACCAGCUUACGACCACUCACCCGGCGCAGUCAACCAUCGCCUUCGAAACUCGUGCCCAACGGGCUGCACCGAAGAUUGGUCAUCUUCUAUGGUUUCUCCUCAGCGAGGACGGUAUUUUGAAUGCACUUUUUGACGGGCAGUAUUGA